AUGGCCGGCGGAUUGGUCUUCACGGGCAUGCCGCGGAGGAGAGAGGUACUCGGAACCGGAAUCAUUCGAUGGACAAAGGUUGUCAAUCCCGAUGGGUCGGUGACUUGGCAAGAGGAUCAACCCACGGAAUCUGUCAAUUCGAAGAAGGAGGAGAAGGGCACAAAAACCGAUAAGCAAACCCUCGAGAGGCCAAGCUGGAUUGACGUUAAGAAGGAGUCCAAUGUCCGAGUCAACAAGCGACUUGCUCAUGAGGUGGAGGAUUUGGAACAAAAGCAAGCGAAGGUAGAGGCACGACCUACACGCGCUUUCAGCUUCCGGACAGAGGAGAAGAAGACCGAGCGGGCAGAGAAGACCACCAACGUCGAGGAAGUCCGCUUCGAUGCUUCGGUCCGGGACGACAAGAAGAAGGGCUUUGUCGCUGGACUCGCCUCGAAACUUGACAGGACAGCGGAGGAAUCUGUGUGCCCGAAGAAGGAGACGAAGAAGGAGAAGGUCGAGACACAACCAGCACACCCAUUCAAUCCCCCACCAAAAGAGGAAGAGAACGCCAACGCUGAACCUCUCCGCUCCCACUGGUCGAAGCAGGAGGACGACAACAAGCAAGAGUCCGACGCCGAACUAGCCCAGCGCCUCGCCAACACCGAAAAGAUCUUCCGCCAACAAGAACAAAAGAUUCAAGCGGCGCUCGACAGGAUUCGCGAUUUGGAGAAACAACUUGCGUCGGGCUUUGCGAACAGUACCUCUACCGAGUCGGACGAGGUCCAAAGCAAGACGACAUGGGACAACGAGUCAAUCGCUGCCGGCGGGCGCGAAUCAGGGCCACACUUUAGACAAAGCAAGUCAUCAGACGACGAGCCAAUGUCUCGCAUUUCCGCAAAAGGUCCGCUCCCCUGCCUCUCUGAUCAUGAACCACACAAUUAUCGGGUUUUGACCGUCAACAGCAACAAGCCCGAAGUCUGCGCUGGAAGCUACCACGAACCCAAAGUCGGCAGCACAUGCGAGCUAGACGGCACCCGGACACCCAGUCCCAUAGCAGUCACCAUCAACAUCCCACCAGCACGCCAGAACCCGGAACCACACACAAAGCCGCAUCAUCAUCAUCUUCAACUUCCUCCCAUCCGGUCCCGGUCCCAGCCUCUGCCUCAGACCAAGGCCCGUUCCCCGCUCUGUAUCCAGCUUCAAAAAACAGCAGAGAAUCGAACGCCUACUCACCCCGAUCCCCGAGGAGCCAUCGUGCUCGCUAAAACGCAGACCGAGGGUGCCGAGGAUGAGGAGGUCGAGGUCGAGUAG